AUGGGUCUUUGUAAAUGUCCAAAGAGAAGAGUUACAAAUCAGUUUUGUUUUGAACACAGAGUAAAUGUUUGUGAAUAUUGUAUGGUUACAAGCCAUCCAAAGUGUAUAAUACAAUCAUAUUUGCAAUGGUUACAAGACAGCGACUACAAUCCCAUAUGUGAAAUAUGCACUAAAACAUUAUCCGAGGGCGAGUGUAUUCGACUAACAUGUUAUCAUGUUUUUCACUGGGAGUGUGCAGAAACACGAUUUAGGGCUCUGCCCCGUACCACAGCACCUGCAGGGUACCAGUGUCCAUCGUGUGCCACCCCAGUAUUCCCACCUUCAAACCUUGUGUCACCAGUUGCCGAUGUUCUCAGAGAAAAGCUUGCUGGCGUCAAUUGGGCCCGGGCUGGUCUUGGACUACCAUUGCUUUCAGAGGACCAGGACAUGAAAGGUGCAGCUGGUAGACGUAGCCAGUCUCCGAAUCAAAGCCAGUUCUUCAACUCGCUAGACAGUCAAAGAGGUGCUCCGGCCGGGGCUAGUGAUGACGAGUGUAAUAACAGAUCCACAACAAGUACUCCACAUUCCAUUGUACAAAUACCAGAUGAACCAGUCAAUAUUUACGACGGCACAUCAGUUAAACGAAAUGAUGGUUUAUUAGGAAAUCAGACCACAAGAAAAGGGUUUAAGUCUUUGGAUCAAUCAAACAAACUGAUGAAUUUUGACCAUGAUGAAAACAAGUACAAACAGAAGUCUACAUUCGCUUGGCUCAGUAGAUGGUGGAAGAAUACAUUGCCAGCAUCUCGUGUGCGAAGAGCUGGAGGCAUUUAUCGGAGAUAUUGGAUAAUGCUCUUUGUAUUAAUAGCAGUGGUUUUAAUAUUAAUACUGCUGAGCCACAGAGAUAUAGAUAACGAUGACCCAUUUGGCUCUAUCCAGGAUGAUGAUAGAAGAGUUUUACAGAAAAACUAA